UGGUCCAGCCCGGCCUUACCCAAGCAAUCCUUCUCCAGUUCUGGUCUUGUUUUUGGCCGUUUCUCUCAUAAACCCUAAGUAAACCCUCAAAAGGCAGGCUUACUUUCAUUUUCAUUCCAUUAAUUCAAUGGCCUCCUCCUCUUCAUCUUGCAGGAAAUUUAUCUCCAAAUCAUCUCUAUCGUCCAUCAAAUCAGCCAUCAGAUCAUCUAAGGCUCCUAAAUCUCCCUCCACCCCCACCAGAUCUGCCACCGCUUCUCACUUCCUUCUCCCAUCCAAACCACCAACCUCCUCUCGAUUCUCCUUUUCAAGGGCACCAUGUGAGUUGGGAUGCGUUCAGUCGCUGCUGCCACUACACAGCGCGGUGGCGGCGUCGAGGAUGACAUCAUGCUUAAGUACCACAUCCAGGAAUUUCCGAGCGCUCUCUCAGGGUACACUCUGCUGCACCUCUCCCGGCCUCUAAUACUAGCUUUUAUUGUUUCUCUAGCACUUUUGGAUGAAAGAUGCAAAAAGGAGUAAAUUGGAGGUAAUUAGCAGAUUUGACCUCAGUCGAUGUUUUGUGCAGAGCGUGAGCUCUAGAGGUCAAAAUGAAGUGAUUUCAGUGGCAUUAUAAAGCUAACAUCCAUACCUUUCUAGAAAUCUAAGGUAAGAAAAUAAAAUAAGGAAGAGAAUGGAAAUCGCUGCCUUCAAAGUCAAAUAUUUUAAUCUGCCAAUGUUGACCUUUGGUCAUUCCAAUUUCAAUAUCUGGAGCUACAGAAAUUCAUUUGAUGCAAACUUAAUUGUUUUGGAUUCCUGACUCAAAGGCCUAUCAAUGUUCCAAAUUUUAGCCAAAUAUGAUGUCAUAUGAGGGAGAUAUGAUUUUUCAAAGAUAACAACUGAAUUCUGUCAGCAAACAAGUUUUAUGAAGAAAAGAGUUCAAAUUACGUUCCUAAGCAUCUAAAUCGAUAUCCAAGUUUUUAUUUCAGCAAUUUAGCUCUUCUGAGUCCAAGCUUGUAGAUUUGAUGCAAGGAUAUUUAUUAUUUUUUAGAAAAAUAGUUAUUGAAGUACUUAAAUGUAAACUAUCUAUUUAAGAGAUGACUAUUUUGUAAAAUGGAGACUAGGGUUUCCUAGGAUAUAAAAAGAAUGAGAGAAGAGGAGGAGGCAGCCAGCCAAGAAGAGAAAAACACCCCAUCCUCUAAGAAACCUGAAAUCAUGCAUUCCUUCUUUUUUAUUAGUUGUUCAACAAACAUGCAAGGCUAUACUCUUUUUCUUGGUUGCAAGGACACAGAAACCUUCGGAUUUCAACAACUGUGAGAUUUAUUUUACCUUUUCUUUUCAGUUUAUAUGAUGAAUAUGUUUGUUCUCCUA